AGAACGCGACAUCCACUCGGUGAGCAAUGUUUGGCUGCGGUCAUCGUCGUCCAUGAAGGAGGACGACGAAGAGAGAGCGUUCCAUAUUUUUUGCAAUACCUUUUUUCGGUAGUUAUUCUUCUAUUCCAAAACCCCAUGUAAAAGAGUAUGAAUAACUCUUUCUCACUGCAAAAAUGUGGAAGCAGAUGAUAGUUUUUAUUCUUUGACAGCUAUAUAUCCGAUAACGCCGGAAUAAUUUGACCCUCUGUGCUUUGUUUAUAUCUCGUGAAUAAGAACAUUUUAUUAAGAAGCGGAAGUGCUUGAACUUCGAACAUUUGACGUGAGAAAGAAAAACUGCAUUACCGAAACUCAUUUGGAUUUCCGAACUUAGCUUAUCGUCUGGUAGGAUUAAGGACGUAAAAAAGCGACUAACAUUCCAGACGUUAUAAACAACAUUCUUAAAAUAACUGAGAUAAUGUUCUUACGAACUUGAGGUACUUAUUUUGACUCUUUCAAGAUAAUGAUCUAAGCCUGACAUGCUUUUAACCGUUUAAAAAUUAUAUUUAUUAAUUAAUAUCUUUUAAAGUUGUCGUGUUCUUAAACUCUAAACUUCGUGUUAACAUAAGACUUGUUUUUAUUGCUCUGCUGCUAUUAUUGUGUUUUUAUUCCAAUUACAGAUUUUACAAACUGAGAUUAAUAUUCAUUAUUUUGAAACUGUACAGAUAUUUUUAUUUAAAUCUUGCUAUAUUUAAAGUCUUUUAAAAUUUUCAUACGCUCUUCUAUUUAUAAUACUUGAAUGUUUAUCAUAAAGAAGCUUUAACUAUUAAUGUAUCCGUCAACGUGUUGUUGCUAGCUGUGAUAUUUAUUUAUUUAUAUAUUUGUCUUCAACUGUGUGAUACCUGGAAUGUAAGUGUAAUGGAAGGCCAUUUUCGGGAAGUUCUAACAGAAACUGAUGUUUAAAGCUUAAUUAUCAUACCACCUCUCUGAAUAGGCGGCAGAAUUUUGAAUUUAAAUGCUAUGUAUGCACUGAUAUCUAAUUUGAAAUAUUGAAUGUAUUAAAUAAUCUUUAUACAUUAUUCAUUAGUGGAUACAGUUUACAAUGGCUGUCAUUGAUUUAAAUGAGAGUGAAGACACGAAUAUAUCCAGCAGUUAUAUUUUAAUGAGUGAAAGUUUAGAGACGAGUAUAACGUUAUGUAAUCCAAAUGAUCCAAAUAUAAAUGUUUUGGAUUGUAUGAGGAAGAACUUCAGCAUGGACGAUCUAAUUGUGACAGUUCCUAACGGAACAAAUAGUUCCUUCGAUUGGAGCCUAAUGGGUGACCGUCAAGAUCCAUACGCCGUUCCCAUGACCAUUGUCUAUAUGGUCAUCUUGAUCACUGGAAUCGUUGGCAACAUCUGCACAUGUAUCGUCAUAGCCAGAAACCGGUACAUGCACACAGCGACCAAUUAUUACUUAUUUAGCUUGGCAGUAAGCGAUCUUUUGCUUCUAGUACUUGGACUUCCACAGGAAAUAUAUCACUUGUGGUCCAGAUAUCCAUACAUAUUUGGAGAAGCUUUCUGCAUCAUACGAGGAUGGAGCUCAGAAACAUCUACCAAUGCUUCCAUUUUAACUAUCACAGCUUUUACCGUUGAAAGAUAUUUGGCUAUAUGUCAUCCAUUAAGAGCCCAUACGAUGUCCAGACUGUCCAGAGCUAUUAAAUUCAUUAUCGCCAUUUGGAUAUGUGCUGCACUGUCUGCUAUUAGCAUGGGGUACCAACUAGGCAUCAUUUAUGAGAAAGAUACUCUUGGGCAAGAUGUCCUGGACACUGCUACCUGUUCUGUGAAGCGCAGCUUAGACCAUGCUUUCGAAUGGUCUAUCGGCUUGUUCUUCUUUUUUCCGGGCACUUUGCUGUGCGUACUAUAUGCACUGAUAGGUCUUCAGCUGAGAAAGCCAACCGACAUGGGUCGCAAACAUGAUGGCCGGUGUCUCCCGAACGUCAAUGGUACAUCAAAGCCUCAAGGAAAAGUGUUGAAUGCCCCUGGGAAGACAGUCUGCCGUAAAAGCUCGACUUCAUCUAGAAAAGAUGUGAUCAAAAUGCUAGUGGCCGUGGUGAUCGCUUUCUUCCUCUGUUGGGCUCCAUUUCAUGCACAACGUUUAAUGGCAAUCUACGUGACCGAACCAACAGACGCAGACUUCAUCGCUUUCAGUAUCCUCACCAACAUUUCCGGAGUGUGUUACUACAUCAGCGCAACCAUUAAUCCCAUCCUCUACAGUAUCAUGUCUCUGAAGUUCAGGCACGCCUUCCGUGACACCCUGGCUCGCUGUCUCGGUAGAGGUCGGGGCAUGAGGCACCGAGAUAGAAACCGCACAAUGAGUCUUUUUAACAGCACGGUGAGAUCAGCUGGUUAUGAAUUUACCGAUUUGACCAUUGUUUCCGAAGUUGGACAUCCCACGCAAGACCACAUUCAAAGUCAGAAUGGUAGCCAUUCCUCCUUGAGAAAAUCAUCCCGUCUUCAACAGCUGGCAAUUGGAAACAGCAUUGAGCUAAAGCAACUACAAAACGCCAUGGACAAUGGUAAGAAUCAAAUACAGAAGAAAAUGAGUACCAGCAGUAAUGUACCCCUCAAAAUAAAUGAAGCUUUCGACGUUUCGAGCAUUUGCGAUUAUAUUGAUCAAAAUAAAGAUGUGCAUGGGUAAAAAAGAGUUGGAGUUACAUAUCUCCAAAACACUCUCUUCGCGAACAAAUUUUGUGAUGUGCUUUCAGUGGCAUGCAGCUUUGUCGUUUUUUUAAUAACAUUUGGUCAGCGUCAUUUUUAAAUUUCUGCAGCUAAUGUAGUCAAGAUUACAGAAUAUUAUUUGUUUACAAUCGUAAUUAUAUUUUAUUUAUUUAUUUAUUAUUGUUUUGAAACAUUUCUUCAGAAUUCUUAGCAGCGAUAUAUUUUCGCAGAACACGUUUUCAUUAGUUUAUUGCAGUAUUUUAGCAUUUAAUGAUUUAGACUGCCCAUUAAUUUAGAUAUACUUUUGAAAGGUAUUUAAUUAUUACAGUCAAUGACAUGGGUAUUAAAUCUCGGUAAAAUAUGAGCUUUAUAAAGAAUGUUGAAUAAACAAGAUGAUAGUAAGCGUGCCACAAUAGCUGUCUCAUGAAAAUAAGAUAGAUUAAAGAUGAAGUUCUUGCUCUGUAUCCAAAAACUAAUGAAAUGUAAAUUCAUAUUUGCAGACUUUUGUUUUAUUAUGUUUAUUGUAAUGUAACAGGGAAUAUUGAGAAAAUAUAACAAGGAUAUUAAAAUAUGAAGUUCGUAAAGCUAACCGUUUAGAGUUGCUCCGUAUAAAAAAAAAAUUGAUCAUCAUGAAAUUUAACUUGACCUUCAGUAACCCAGUAAAAAAACAAAAUUAAAUAGCUAAAUAGCAUCAAAGAUAUAUUCCUGUUUAAAUAUGCAUGCUGUGUAAUUUAAAUUUUAAAUAUUUAUGUAUUUUUAAGUGUGCGUUAUAUAAAUAUGUGUUUCUUAAUAUCAGAUAAUAUUUUUGUUUGUAAUAUAGUUGAAAAUAUAAUUAAAAUCCACAAUCGUUUGAAGUAUUUUUCUAGUAGGAAACCACAGCAGUUCUGCUCAGAGAAUUUUCCAUUCUAUGUUUCAUAUCAUAACCAGAAGGAAUACCAAAAGUUGUAAAAGGAAUCUUCUGAAAUAUAUACAUUUCAAUGAGCAUUACAAAAUUAAAGUAAUAUUAAAAAUAAUCCUUAAUCAGCUUUUUAUCCUAAAGAGGCUAAGCGUAGCUUUGAACGCAGUACUUCAAAUUUGAUUCUAAACUUUCGGUUCUUAUUAUCUUUGACUACCUCAUAUAUGUUAAAGUUAAUACUACUAAAUGAAUAUUAUAGAAUACGCUUUUUAUUUCUACGUGUAUAAAACAGAGAUUUUAGAUAAAAUGUCACAUAUGCGAAUUUAAGGUUUUGCUUAAUUUACCUGAAGCGUUUCAUAAAUAAAGCGAGGAAAAUUAUCUGGUGCAGAACAAGGUUUCAUUUCCUAACACAAUUUUAUUAAUGCAUUUUGUUAAGAAAAUUUCGUUUAAUAAGAAAAAAAAUGAGAAUUUCAUCGAAAAAGAGUAAUGCCAGAUUUCUAUUUAAUUUUUGCAUAAGAAGACAGCCUCCAAAAUCAAGAACUAUAUCUAACAGCAGCUAUUAUAAUAAUAUGUGUUUGUUUCCGAACAUUAAGCAAAUUAGAAUUGAUAAUUGGUGAUACUUAAAUACUAGUCACGCAAAAUUGAUAGUCACGUAAAAAAAAACGGAUGAACUCCAAACUGCAUAUACCAUAUAGAAUAAAAAAUACCAACAAUUGAGCUCCCAUUGAGCUCUUCAACUAUCAUCAUAGGGAAAACUUAUCCGAUGUCAUAAUAAGAAAUAAUUUUCCACUCUUUUGCCUUCGAGGCAAGCGUCCAACUAUUAAAAAAAUUUCCACCCAGAAAAAUUCCACAUUUCAUUAUUAUUACUUUAUCAUUUUUGGUAAUGUGUUUCAAAGAUUCAGUCAUUCAUUGUAGAAAACUGCAAGAUCUGUUUAAUAAAGGUUUUUAUUUAGGUAAUAUUUUUUCUUUCUCUAAAUCGUAAUUAAACAGCGUGGCACAAAGAAAAAAUACCCAUUUGAAUGGGUGUUGAGUUUUUUAAUUUCAUAAUUAAAACACUGAAUACCCUGAUUAGACAAUUAAUUAUACCAUUUUAUUUUCUAUUUUUGGAAGGCAUUUUCAUUCGUUAACUGGCACAUAAAAGUAUUUUUGACAGACGUUCUAAAGAUUUUACCUUUUAAUUUAAAAAAUGCAAGUUGGCCAUUUAUUACAAUGUGAUUUAUAGUUUCCAGAAAGAAAUGUAAAUAAGCAAAUUGCAGUAUUUUAUCAUUGAACUUUUUUAACUUCGAACCAUACCAUUUCUAAAAACAUAAUACCUGCUACAAACCUUUCCUAUUAUUUCCUCAAUUUUAGUGAAAUUAAGUAAUCAAAAUCUGCAAAAAUUAAUACCAAUGAUAUAGCAUGCCAGUGAUUUCUUAAAAAUUACUUUUUAUUUAUUUGUUUCUUUACAAGUAUGAAAUGAAAGGAAAUUAAUAAUUUUAAUAAUCAAAAUAUGCAUUAUAAUAUGAAUGAAUUAUUAUUAAAUAAUUAUUACUAAUAAUUAUUAUUUGGCAAAAAAUUUUUAAUCUAAAUUAAUUCACAGUAAGAGCUUACAAUUAAAAAUAUGAUAAUCAAAAACGUCAAACAGCUUUACAGUAACUUUUGACGAAAAAUAAAACAAAGAACUGUGGCAAGUCUUCUGGAGAAUUUUUACUAUAAACAUUCUUCCUGAGUAACAGCCAAAAAUAUAGUUCAAGUUCUAGUUUGACUUGCAUUACUAAUUCAUCUUUAGACGAUGUUACAGAAAAGACUUGAAAGAUUUAUUGCUUCUGAAAAUUUGAGAAAUGACAGUAUGUUUCAGAAAACUUGUGUUGUUUAUAUCUAAAAAGUGUUUUUGUUCUUCAUAUCUGUUCUGCAGAAGAUACUUAAAAUGACGUUGUCUCUGUCAAGCCAUUAUAUUACAUGUUGUCUUUUGUGUAACUUUUUUCUUGUAUGAAAUUGCACGAAUACUAUUUCCCACCAACACUUCAUAUAUACAUAUAUCUAUAUAAAUAUAUAUUUACUUGAUGUUGCAUGGAAAUAAAAUGUAUUUUUCGUCUGCAA